AUGUGGUUCUUUGUUGCACCAUGCCAUACCGCCGGCUACGCAUACAGGCUCGUCUUCCCUUUUGAGAAGCACGAUGCUGUGAGAUGGCUUUCCUGGGAGAUCAAGACAUCUACUUCCGAAAAGAACGAAGAAUCACACUUUCAGUGUUUUGAAACCGUUGGUUUCAGGAAAUUUGGACUGAAUGCUCCGCCUGAGUCCAGCCGUUUGGAUCAUCGUAUCAGCGUGACGGACCGGUUUGAGAACAUCAGUGUCAAAGACCACGCUAUUCCUUCUGGAAACGAGAGACAAGAAAAUGGCAUUGGGCCAGUCCGGACAAGAGGAUCUCUGAAGCUUGACACAGAAGCAAGUGAAAAAGAGGAUCGUUGGGGUUGCGUCCACGACUACGCGACUUGCCCUCACUUCAACCACGACCUACGCAUUGAAGGAACUCUAGGAUCUUCGAGGCUAUCUAUAGAUGUAGCUCAUGGCAAUCGCACAAACGUUCAGGAACUCUUACGAUUAGGCGCAGACGUCAAUGCAGGUGACAACCGAGGCCGUACACCCCUAACGGAGGCAGCUUUCUGGACCCGCGUCGAAUUAGUCGGAAUACUCCUCGCCGCCGGGGCAAAUGCGCAACAGAAAGAUCGAGACGGGCGUGUCGCUGCAGACUUUGCCGAGGAGAAUGAGAGAAACGACGAAGAGAGGGAGUAUCGACAUGUCGACUACGCGGAGAAACCAUUGAAGUCAAAGAGUCGUCGAAGACAUAUCAGGGCACUUCUCGGAGUUGCGCCUCCUUUACAAGCCCAAGUCGCCAAGUCCGAUUUCGCAAAUUUAUUCCAACCCCGGUUUGUCAAAUCGCCAGUCGCGAAGACUGCUCUUUUGAUCAAUCCGAGACGAGGCAUCCCAAUCGCGCAACAGGAUCAGACAAUAGGGGUUCUCCUCCGAGGCAGACUAUUUGAGCCGGUCGUUGCCGUUGGCGGUUGGACUGGUGGUGGCUCCCAAUCCCCGUUUGGUGGGAACGAUUACAGCAGGCUGAACUCCAACUACUGGGCUCACAAGAUGCUGAGCUUUGCGAAGGGAAUCGGGUUCACCUUUGACGAACACGAGUUAGAUCCUGAUUCUAUGAGGGGUUUGUACCACGCCAGUCACGUUGUGGCUCAGUUGCUUUGCUUCGUCGCGCAUAAACAUCAGCCUUUUAUUGAGAACCAGGAUGAUCGCGACAGACAGAUCAGGCUUGAGAUCUUAUUCCACUACCAGCACAUGGAGACGCUCACCAAAGUGGAGAUCGUGACCAGUCAGAAGCCAUGUCCCAGUUGCCUGAUGUUGAUGGAAUAUCUGGCGAAACGGAUGUGGCUAGAUUUCGUGGUUGUGGUCGCUAAAGAGAUUGUCUUAACAUGA